AUGUCAACGCGUGUCACUCAGGCUGAGCUGAGGACGCUCGAGCGGGCGUUCAAGGUAAACGAUCUGCGCUUCGACUGCAACGUUACGUGGGUCAGCCUCAGUGCGGUGUACUCGAUCAUCCGCAUCUCGGACAACAGGGUCACUCUCGCUAGCGUUCUGGAUGAGUUCUUUGGAGGUAUCUACCGCGCCCACGGCACGGAUGUGAAGAGAGUUUCGGACGAGCGCUUCGCGGAGUACGAGGGUAGGCCGUUCAGCGUGUGUUUUGCCGACCUCCUUGAGGUCGUGUGCGGGAAUGAAGACACGCGAGCGGCGUACAAUACCCAGUGCGGUCGUCGCCCCCAGUAUGCCCUCGAGAAGAUAUGGGCCCAUGUGUUGCAGUGUGACUUGGCAGUCAAAUCGGCCAUCGAGGUGUACAAACCGGGUAUGUCUGAUCCCCUAGAGGUAGUCUAG